AUGAAUUCACCUGAUAAUAAGCAGAAAACGCAAGAUAACGUUGGAGAAAAAAAAAAAUCUAAUCAGGAUACAACAGUCGAUGAUGAAACACAAACAGAUUUAAAUAAUAACGUCGCUCGAUCAUCAAUAGAAUCUUUGCUUGGUUUUGUGACGCCAAAAGAAGAUACUAUUCCUAUUCACGCAAAAGAAGAUAAGGUCGAAGCAAAACAAGAUUCAACCAUUGUUGGAAUUGGAGAGGCACCUAUAAUAAUUGGAGGAAGGAAAGAAUCAACCAUUAACGGAAAUACAUCAUAUAUCGCAUUUACACCACAACCUAAUACACAGGGUUCACAAAACGUUCUCCAUUAUUAUGCGCCAUCUCAUGAACCUUCACAGUCUCAUACUAUGACACCCAUCAGAUCAAUCUGUAAUGUUAUUUCACCUUUAUCUUCGCAUAUACCAGCACCAACGUCACAACAUGUAUCACCGAGAUUACAUACUACCGAACAAAAUUUAAUAACGGAUAUGAACGUGAUUCAACAAGCUCAACCUAUUAUUCAGCAACAAUUGUCAGUACCGGUACAGACAAAUUCACAUAGUCUACCCACACUUCAUUAUCCAAUCACGAAUCAACCAAUAAAAACUCAAGCUGUAUCGGAGGAAGAACGUCACAGAAGACGUCUUGAACGUAAUCGUAUAGCAGCUCGACAAUGUCGAGAACGUAAAAAAGCUUAUGUCACAAAUUUGGAAACCCGAGUCACAAGACUUGAAGAAGAAAAUUCAAGAUUACGGCAACAACUUGGAAAUUUACAAACAAAAUUAAGUUACUGUCCGGCAGAAGUUCAGGAAACUUUGAGAUUGUAUUGCUUGGUUGAGGAUUUGAAGGAGAGAUUAAGUAAUGGGCAAACAAUAAAGACUGAUCCGAAAAUCG